AUUAUGAGAUGCUUACGCAUGCUAAUACUAAUAGGUGUUUAAUCUAUGUAUCUAUGUUGGUCAAUCAUUUUAUUUCACUUUAUUUAUCUAUUAUUUUGGAAAACUGUACGCGUUUUUUUAUGCUUUAGUAUUCAAAACCUAUUUAGAAUAUUAUGAAAUAUCUUGAAAGUCUUAGUGAUUAUGCUUCAAGAGUUCAAGUGGAGACUGAUAUAGUGUAAAUUAUUUAUUUAAUUUGAAGCAUUAUGUGGUCAUUUUUCUCUCGAGAUCCUACAAAGGAUUUUCCGUACGAUGUUGGUGAACCCGUACCAGAACUGGAAGACAGAAGUGUUUGGACAUUACACAAGGGGAAAAAAAGAGGUACUCAGGAUGAAGUAUCAAUAUUUUUGUUCGACGUUCAAAAGAAUUCGGAGACAUUGUUUGACAUAGCAAAAGCUUCUCUGAAAAGAUUGAAGACUACGAGACACCCUAGCCUUUUACAUUAUUUAGAUAGCUGUGAAACUGAGAAAUUUUUGUAUAUAGCUACUGAAUAUGUAGAGCCUUUAUCAACUCAUUUAGAAUGUAUGAGGCUUGAGGGUCAGCAAAAAGACCUAUUUCUUGCCUGGGGCGUAUUCCAAAUAACUAGAGCUUUAUCAUUUUUAAAUAAUGAUGGAAAUAUGAGACAUAACAAUGUAUGCCUCUAUUCUGUAUUUGUAACAUUGGCUGGUGAAUGGAAACUAGGGGGAUUUGAAUUUCUAACAACCCAAGGACAUGAAACUACGAAUCCCAUACCAAUAAAGAUAUUACCUGCCCUUGAAAUAUAUGAUCCACCAGAGAAGAAUGACUCUGUAAAACUUAAAAGUGCAACUAAAUGUUCAUCAGACAUGUGGGGACUAGGAUGUCUCAUAUGGGAGGCAUUUAAUGGACCGCUCAAAAACCAACCGGCUCUUAAAACAGUAGAUAAUAUACCAAAACAGCUAUGUACGCUGUACUGUGAGCUGGUCAGUGCUAACCCUGCUUCAAGACCUAACCCGGCUGAUAUUAUUACCAGAUGUCGUAAACUUGGUGGAUAUUUUAAAAACGAUCUGAUAGAUACAAUGUUAUUCUUAGAAGAAAUUCAAAUUAAAGACAAAGCUGAGAAGGGAAAAUUUUUCUCAAGUCUUAGUUCACAUUUAGAUAACUUCCCAGAAAAUGUAUGUGUUCAUAAGAUCCUGCCGCAGUUAUUGACUGCCUUUCAUUAUGGAGACGCUGGUUCUGCUGUGUUGGCACCUAUGUUUAAGCUAGGCAAAUUAUUAGAAGAUCCCGAUUACCAAAAACAAAUAGUGCCCUGUGUUGUUAAACUAUUCGCCUCUAAUGACAGAACGACAAGAUCAAGGCUUCUGCAACAACUAGACCAGUUCAUUAUGCAUCUGCAGAAUUCGACAGUUAAUGACCAAAUUUUCCCGCAAGUUGUAAAUGGCUUCUUGGACACAAAUGCUAUUAUUAGGGAACAAACUGUGAAAUCGAUUGUUCAUCUCGCUUCUAAACUAAAUUACAACAAUCUGAACGUUGAAGUAUUGCGGCACUUUGCCAGAUUACAGUCUAAAGAUGAUCAAGGAGGAAUAAGAACGAACACAACAGUCUGCCUCGGUAAGAUAGCGGCGCACCUGCAUCCGCAGAUACGGCAGAAGGUGCUUGUGUCUGCGUUCGUUCGCUCCACGAGGGAUCCCUUCCCACCGGCGCGACAAGCCGGAGUCCUGGCGCUGGCCGCCACGCAACAGUACUUCUUGCUAUCAGAAGUGGCCAACAGAGUCUUGCCGGCUCUAUGUCCGCUGACAAUCGAUCCAGAGAAACAGGUUCGCGAUGCUGCCUUUAGGACGAUUAGAGGCUUUCUCGGUAAACUAGAGAAAGUUUCUGAAGACCCGAGCUUAAAAGAAGGAAUGGAGGCGGACGUCCACACGGCCACUCCGUCGCUAAGCAACGCGGCGGCCACGUGGGCGGGCUGGGCCGUGACCGCCGUCACCGCCAAGUUCUACCGCUCGCACUCGGACACCACGCGGGUGCAACACUCCACUAAAUCUGCACUCUCUAAACCCGGAUCCUUGGAGCAACCUUCGUCGAGUAGUAUGUCGACGACGACGUCAUCGGUGACCUCCAUGACGUCACUGGAGCACAGCGAGUCGGCCUCCGACUAUGAUCCGGAGCACUGGGACAUGGCGGCUUGGGGAGAAAUCGAUUCUAGUGGAGGCACGGGCGGUAGUGCGGGCAGCAGCAGUGCGCAAGCGGCGCCCGGGCUCGCGGCCCUCGACGAGGACGACUGGGACAACGAGGAGUGGGGCACGCUGCAGGAACAACCGUCCGCCAAAGCCGAUCUGGUCAGUCCCUCGGAGACGUGGAAUAACUCACAAUGGACGGAUCCGAUCGUGAACAGCGCGAACGCGACGUUCGUCCGCAGCACGGCCGGCUCGAGGCUGGAGCACCGCCCCGCCGCGCACCAGAACAGCAACGACUCGCUCGGAGGCUGGGAAGACGGAGAAUUCGAACCGAUAGAAGAAAACGCUGAUGAAAACAAUGCUUCAAAGAUGGACGAGUUACGAAGGAAACGAGAAGAGAGGAAAUUACAAAGACAGAGAGAGAUGGAAGCGCGUCGUUCCGCUCGAGCCCAGGGACCUAUGAAACUGGGCACCAAGAUCGCGACAGCACCGCCGCCCUUCUAGAACGAACUCAAACUUACACGGACGAUGGAUUUCAAUCGGUAAUUUAAAAAAAAUCGAUAUUUGAUUAUUCGAUUAUAACGUGAAUACCUGGAGAAAUCGAGUAAAACGCGUGAACGUAUUUUUGAUGGAAACGAAAUUAUAGCUUUGUUAAAAAUCGAUACAUAUAAAUGGCGUCGUGUGAUUCUUAUGAUGUGAAAUGUGAAAACCCUUUUUAAUUAUAUUAAAAGGAAAUACUUUAUAUUAUACGACUGAUACGUCUAUUGUAUUCGUGUGAAAUUAUAAUUUUUUUUUUAAACCUAUUUGUAUUUGAAAUUCGUAAUCGAUAAUAAAAUUUGGUGUUUUUUAUCACGUAACGUCUAUUUGUAUUCGUAUAAAUUUUUCCAUCAGAUUUAAAGUUAUAGGUUUUCCUCAAUCAGAGCAAUACAAUUCUUAAUAAAAGCGUUACAAUUCAACACCAAAAUAUUGACGAAAUUUUUUGCAUCGAUUUCUCGCUGUUGAUAGCCCUGAUCUCCGUGUUAAAUACGUUCUGCUGGGCCGUUCUAGACCGUCAAUAUAUAUCCGCUUCUAAAAAUAUAUAGUGUAUCAUCCAUGGUCGAAUAUAUUCUGUGGUUGUGAUCGGUUCAAAGAAAAAAAAAAUCCAAAACAAAUAAUUUCAUGAAGUUAUUCAAACAGGCUGCAGGGAAACAGUAUAAAAAUUUAAUAUAUUAUUAAUAAACUAAACAUUGUUUCCUAAAGAAAUGCACAUAAUAUGAACGAGACGAUAAGGAAUUUGAUAAGACAAGUACGUCUUUUUUUUUAAAUGGUCAUUAUAUGAAUUCGCUUAAUAAACUUAUUCUACAGAAUUCCAAUAUGGGUAUAUAUAAAAUAGACCCUUACAAUAAUUCCUUUCAAAUAUACAUAUAAACAGAAUAAUAUACAUGUAGAUAAAACAGAAUAGUUUCCGUUUUUAUCAAAUAUGAUUCUUCAAAUGUGCAGUGCAUAUGGUACAGACAUUACCCAUCAGUCUUCACACAGUCGACCAAAAUAUAUGUUAACAAAGUUGUGGCAAACUAUAAUCUACGUAAAUUAUUGAAAACUGUUAACAAAACGAAAUGAAAUUUCCAAGAAAUAUAUUUAUAUAUAAAUUGUAAUGUAAUAAAUUUAAACAGAGUUAUAUUAUUUUAAUUGUGUUUUAAACAUUAUCAGUUUUAGAUUUACAAUCGCUAAAGUGUUAGUUUUAAGGAACAAGUGAGAAAUUUGAUGUAUUAUGCUCUUAGAAUAAGUUUCAUAUCAUACAUUUACAAAUGUUAAAUAUUUUUUCUUAGUGCAUUUGACAGAAACCUGAGAUAACAUUUCCAAAAACGUUCGAACCACGUGAUUAAUUUCAAACAGGAACUUAAACUGCAUUCAUAUUUAAGAAAUGGCAAUAUUUUAUGAUACAAAGUAAAAAUAAGCUUAAUUUCUUUAAUUAUUGCUACAAAAAAAAACUGCUAGAAUAAGUGUUGAAUUGAUAAAAGUCUACAUUAGAAAGAGCUAGUAAAUUCGCAAAUUGUAUUUUAAAAAAUCAAAGCCAUUUAUUUUUCCCUCAGAUGUACAGAGUGCCUCGACGCUCUGCAAGUAAAUUUUUACGGAUCACCUAACAAAAUCCAAGCUGAACUAGUUACAAAAUGUUUUAGUAUGACUUUUGUUUUUGGUUGGAUUAAGGGAACAUUGUACUAAAUAUGUAUGACUAAAUAUGACUCCUUGGCCGACAUGGCUCCAUUUUAGCGUGGUCAAUAUGGAAACUAAUUCGCCGCCAUCUUUAAAAAGGUUAUCACUGAAAAAGUUGCAAUCAUAAAAAAGCGUUACGAAUUACCUGAAAUAAAAAAUAAUAAUUGACCAUUCUCAAUAUUGCCCACACCUGGCUAAAACGCGAAUCGGGGCCUGCUCCGGCUAUAUUAUGGAUUGAUGUUGUACUGAAUGUGUGAUGAUUAUACUUAUUGUCUGCUAAUAUUUUCACUUAUGUAAAUAAAAAUUUACAAAAAACAAA